CAGGUCUUCUCUAUUCGGAACCACUCUAAAAAGCACAGAAACAACAUGUUCACCGACCGAAAUAUCUUUUAUAGGAGUAAUAUGUGGAGACAGGUCAAUGGCUACGCCGGAGUAUUAUAUACCAGCACCAUUCCAGGGCAGGCGCGCUCCUAAGUCCACAGGCGACACCCUCGAUUCUUGCAUUAUACUGCCCCAUAUCCUGCGUGACUUGCCCCAAUAUGCGUUUUAUCUUGCUGCCUGUAGCUCUUACAAUAGGGCUUUCAUCGGCAGCGACGCUCAUUCCUAAAACCGUCUUCGACUCAACAAGCUCGCUCACGCAGUACUUUUCUUACAACUACCCUUGGGGUACCGACCACAACGGAGGCGCGCGAAUGGCCGCUUCGCAUGCGGUGAUCUCCACAGCUGGUACCCUCACGUUGACUGCGGAAAAGGUCUCUGGCCAGCCACCAGCCACGCACGGUGGCAAGCAAAUCCCUAUCAACUACCUCUCCGGUGCAGUCUACGCGAAACAACAUUUCACAAUUCCCUCAGGCGGUGGCUUCGUCUUCAGCGGCAGCUUCCAGGCUACCACUGCAAAGGGGACAUGGCCCGCUUUCUGGCUCACGGCUGUGAAUGGCUGGCCACCAGAGAUUGACAUGGCGGAAUGGAAGGGCAGUGGAAAGAUCAGCUUCAACACUUUCAACACCAGCAGUGUAUUGCAAUGGAAAGACGUGGACUAUGCUAGCCCUGGGAGCUUUCAUAAUAUCAAGUGCCAGGUCAGGGACAGGGGUAACGGGAAGGAUGCGCAGGUGAAGUACUUCUUGAACGAUGUUGAGGUCACGACGCACUAUGGGAAAGACUACAUCGGAAAGCCGUUAUAUCUGAUCAUCAAUCUUCAGAUGGAAGGGAGCAGCGGCACACCGGGGCCAUCUUCGAAUACUGCGUACUCCAUCCGCAAUCUAGAAGUUACGACGAUAUGAGAGGGUGGGAAGGGAGAUCAGAGAACAAAUACUCUGUUUCUGCAUCUCAGCUGCGAUUCUUAGUCGACAUCGCCCUUCUCAGUGUCUUAUAUCUUUUCAAAUGUUUAGGAACUAGUCCAUAUCGAACCAGCGAUGCUCUGCGUCGUUCAUGUUGGGUGUCAGUACAGCAUCGAGCCUCGCCUUGCCCGACGGACGCCCCCCACGUCUCAGGCGAACGUGAUCCUGCAGUUGCCAAACAUGCGGUCCGGUCUCCGUCUCGAAUGCCGACCUGUGAUUAGGUACUAGGCUGAUCGAUCGUGCUGACUGGCUAGAGGCUUCACAUCAUCGAUAGAGCUUUCGAGCCACUGCCUUCCUUCUUUUCUCAGCUCACAUCCUGCUAGGAUCACGACAUGGAUAGCUUAUGCAUGCCUAGACGUCUCGUGCUCUUCGCGUGGCUCCUCCAAAUUACG